AUGGGCAAGAAGCAGACUACGCCGCCCGGCGCGAAAAAUACUAAGAAGGCUGAACCUUCCAAUGCGCCACCCGUAUCACCUCUCGUCUCCCUGACCACCCUCCCGACUCCGCUUGCUGUCCCGCCCACUCUCGGUGCCCUCAAUGACGAUAUCAUUUCUGUUAUCACGGGAGUUAUUGACUCUAUGGCAGCCCACAAUGUCGCGGAGCUUCCUUUACUCCCCGCCUCUUCCGACGGAAGCGGUUCGCAUGGCGCGUCUUCAACCACGGAAGUCUGCUUGGCCACCGUCCCCAUCGACGCCGCGCCAUGCGGUGCUCCAUCGAUAGCCUUGCCUGGAGCCGAUCCGACUGCGGUGCUAUCCAUCGGCAUCGCGCCUGACCCUGACCACUCCACGACCCAAGAAACACAUCAGCAUACCUCGGCGUCCGCUGCCCAAGAGCCUUCCGAACCUGCCCAGGAACCUGACGUUAUCGUCGACGGUCAGGUCAAGGAAGAUUUGUUGCGCCUUCUCGCUGAAUCUUGUGAUGUAUUCAACAACAGUAAGGAGCUCCGAUCCGGGCUUGCUGACGAGAUCAACGACUGCCUCGCGAAGCUCACCGAAACUCAAACCCUGGUCUCGUACCUCCUCGCGGAUCCACCAUCGCGCCCAGACGCUGAGGGCCCCACGGACCACGUCGACGAAGUGAUGAACCGUGUCCCGCCGUUCAUCUGGUAUCUCGUCGACCACAUCACCCCAGACUCUCCCGAGUGCAAGAUCGACGGUGUCACCCAGGUCCUGUACUCGUACGUUCUCACUCCGGAACAGCUGUGCUGGGUUCAAGUCCAGGCUACGAUCUCCAGGCUCGAGGCGGUCAAACAGCGUGAGCGUGGAAAGCGCUCGAAACGGGGCGUACGAGGCGGGACCAAGGCUGAAGAUCCUCCGUCGCUGGAAGAGCGGGUUAUCGAUCCGGAAGGCGUGGAGGCCGGUCCGCCAGCGGCCUCCACCCCCGCAGACACCAUUUCGACCCGUCCGAGGCAUAAGCAUGCGUCGGGUCACCUUUCCUGCUUUGUUCCGGACGUUCUGGUUUCCGCGGUCGAUGGCAGGGGUCGUCGGAUCCGAGUUCUCCUGCUUGUCGAGAACAAGCGGACCGGCAACCCCAUUCCCCAGCUCCUCGACUAUGCCAAAGAGUUCCCCAAUGAACUCGACACUGUUUUCAUUGGUGUCAAGAUUUGCGAUAAAGGUAUGGGUCUCCAGGCGAUCAUUCUGCGUCGCGAGAGCAACGAACAGAGAAGGUUGAAAUUGGUUGUGAUCCACGAAGAUGGCAGGACCGAAGAUCCUGCCGAUAUGGUAGACGUCGAGGGCGCCUAUGUCCCUGUCCACAGCCGUUUCUUCAUACAGACCCUGUUGGACGUUCUCGAUCGUCACCGCAGCCACAUGCAGGCGCCCAACUGA